UCCUAGGGGUUUCUGGGUAGCGGUUUAGUCCCGCCCCUGCGGCAGCGCCUUCCUUUCCUUUCCUGACGCCGCCGAGGUCGCACGCGCGAGGCCUGUCCGCCGCCGCCGAGAUGCGCUACGUCGCCUCCUACCUGCUGGCCGCCCUCGGGGGCAAUUCCUCCCCCAGCGCCAAGGACAUCAAGAAAAUCCUGGACAGCGUGGGCAUCGAGGCCGACGACGAGCGGCUCAACAAGGUCAUUAGUGAGCUGAAUGGGAAAAACAUCGAAGACGUCAUUGCCCAGGGCAUUGGCAAGCUUGCCAGCGUGCCUGCCGGUGGUGCUGUGGCUGUCUCUGCUGCCCCCAGCUCAGCAGCUCCUGCUGCCGGCUCCGCCCCAGUUGCAGCAGAGGAAAAGAAGGAGGAGAAGAAGGAAGAGUCUGAAGAGUCAGACGACGACAUGGGAUUUGGCUUAUUCGAUUAAACCCCCGCUUCCUGCAAAUAAAGCCUUUUUACAUAUC